AGAGGAAGAUUUUUUGGAAAGGAGAAGUAAUUUUUUUCUUACACGAUGAACUAUUGGGUUAUUGUGUUAAAAUGUUUUUUCCUCUCAGCCUUGGACAUGGUUAUAGGAGCAGAUCGUGGAUGCAAGACUGUCAGAAAAGGAGAUGAGUCCUACAGUGAAAGUAUCACCAUCCCCAAGAUGAAAUGGACUGAGACACCGGCUAUUGUUUCUAAAGGAAAACGUGAAUACCAGGUUAUCGGACGAGUUGUACAUAUGAACUAUGUACGAGAAUAUCUUGCUGCCAAAGAGAACAUGAAGUUUGGAAACGUCCAGAGAAAGCCAAACCGUAUUCAGCUUGAGGUCCUGGCCGAUACUGUGUACAUCGAGGGCCUGAUCAGAAUGCGUGGAAUUAAAAAACUCACAGUUUAUAGCCGCAAAGUUGUCUCCGGGAAAGACAGUCAGCUGGAUGUCAGAGCGCCAACUUUGAGUCCGCCAUUUGAUACUAGUUUUCCAUUGGCUCCUGGCACUCCUGGGGUACCGGGCCAGAGUGGAGUAGCAGGUCCUAAAGUGGAAGUGUACACCCAACUAUCAGAAGGCCACAUGUAUAUUACAAACAAUGGUGGAAACGGAAAUCAAGGACAAAAAGGUGCUGAUGGCAAAAACGGAGUUGACCGGAUUGACGGGAAACCACCCCGGACAUUUGCUCAGUGUAAGGCUAACCGCUGCAGAACAGUCCCUGGAUGGACAGGAGAUGAAGGAAAUCCCGGCAAAGAUGGUGGAAAUGCAGGAACAUCAGGAGACGGUGGCCAAGCUGGAAAACAAAGAAUAUAUAUGAACGAAGUAAUUGGAAGUAUCAAGCUAAAAACAUGCCCUGGCCAGGGAGGUGCAGCACCUAUAAAUGGAAAGGGAGGAAUAGGGGGUCUCGGAAGUUUAGGAGGGACAGGGUUUAGAUGUGCAAUGAGAGAGACAUGUGUGAGCAAUCCAUGGGCUCCUUUGAGUCCCUCGUGCCACACCUCGUGUAGAAAUGAAGGUGCUACAGGUAGAGCAAGCAGAGGAGCAAGAGGACCUAAAGGAAAGGACGGAACAAGUUGA